AUGGUCGCGGCCCUUGCCAUGGCGUCGGCUGCCCUAAUCCUUCUUGUCUGGGGCGGUCGCACACAAUCGGCGCGCUCUCUUGAGGAAGAGGAGGACGGGGACAAGGUGAAGGUUCGAGUGGUUGAGACGCCCUAUCCUGGUCCUGGAGCAGGUUAUUAUCCUUAUCCUGGCAUGGCACCAAUGCCAAGGCCGUCGACUGUGAUUGCAUCCUAUCCUAAGCCUGAAAAGGUUCUUCUCCCCGAGUCUGUCGCUCUCAACACUUAUUCUAACUAUCCGUAUGGACCACUUCCUUCCUCGACUGUGCAGCCCCUGGUCCCUCAGCCUCCCCCCAACAUGCCUCCGUUUACACCUUGGGGCAUGAUGCAGCCCUCCAUGACACAGAUCAAGAUCGGCAAGUCUGAAGGAGAUGAUGAGGGAGAGAUUACCGUCAACGUCCCUCAACAGCCUGACUGGGUUAACUUCCCCGCGGUGCAGUUGGAUCCUGACUCAGCCCCUUUUGGUUCAACUCCAAAUACUGUGAACUACACGUUCAUGAGGAACUAUCCCAUCAUGCCACAAAUUCCUCCUCCGGUUGACCUCUUCACUGGGAGUGGGCCGAACAACGAGCCUCCAGCCAGUGUCGUUGGGAUGACUCCUUUGUCCUCCAAACCGCUCAAGAUUACUGGAGAGCCUGAUGACAAGAGUGCAAGGAAGAAACAGAAGAGGAUGCUCAGACAGAUGCAGCAACUUGAGCGAUACGCCAACGGCUUGCAGAGUUCGAUGAGUCGAAAGUAA